UUGGAGCAGCUAAUCCUCACAGACCUGUAGGAGCAGGAGAGGGAGCACCUGGAGCUUGCUUCUUGGAUUCUUGAUUCUUCCGGAUCCCUGGCGACCCCAGCAGCUUCAACUCUGGAGGCGAUGGGGCGAAAGGAAGAAGAUGACUGCAGCUCCUGGAAGAAACAGACCACCAACAUCCGGAAGACCUUCAUCUUCAUGGAAGUGCUGGGCUCAGGAGCUUUCUCAGAAGUGUUCCUGGUGAAGCAGAGGGUGACUGGAAAGCUCUUUGCCCUGAAGUGCAUCAAGAAGUCACCUGCCUUCCGGGACAGCAGCCUGGAGAAUGAGAUCGCCGUGCUGAAGAAGAUCAAGCACGAGAACAUUGUGACGCUGGAGGACAUCUAUGAAAGCACCACUCACUACUACCUGGUCAUGCAGCUUGUUUCCGGUGGGGAGCUCUUCGACCGGAUCCUAGAGCGAGGUGUCUACACAGAGAAGGAUGCCAGUCUGGUGAUCCGGCAGGUCUUGUCAGCAGUGAAAUACCUCCACGAGAACGGCAUCGUCCACAGAGACUUAAAGCCUGAGAACCUGCUGUACCUCACCCCUGAGGAGAACUCGAAGAUCAUGAUCACAGACUUCGGACUGUCCAAGAUGGAGCAGAGUGGUGUCAUGUCCACGGCCUGCGGGACCCCAGGCUAUGUGGCUCCGGAAGUGCUGGCUCAGAAGCCCUACAGCAAGGCUGUGGACUGCUGGUCCAUCGGCGUCAUCACCUACAUAUUGCUGUGUGGGUACCCGCCUUUCUAUGAAGAGACCGAGUCUAAGCUCUUUGAGAAGAUCAAAGAAGGCUACUAUGAGUUUGAGUCUCCUUUCUGGGAUGACAUUUCCGAGUCAGCCAAAGAUUUUAUCUGCCACUUGCUGGAGAAGGACCCGAGUGAGCGGUACACCUGUGAGAAGGCCCUGAGGCACCCCUGGAUUGACGGAAACACAGCCCUACACCGGGACAUCUACCCGUCCGUCAGCCUUCAGAUACAGAAGAACUUUGCCAGGAGCAAGUGGAGGCAAGCCUUCAACGCGGCGGCCGUGGUACACCACAUGCGGAAGCUCCACAUGAACCUGCACAGUCCUGGCCGCCCUGAGGCCGACAACAGGCCACCUGCAUCCCCAGCCUGUGAAGCCAACAGGUCCACCUCCCCUGAAAUUACGGUCACUGAGGCCCCCAGCCCAGACCCAAGCACAUCCCUCCCUGCACCAGCCUGGCCACCUUGCCAGCAUGACCCAAGGCCAGCAGCCCCCAGUGGCAGAUCCCUCAACUGCCUGGUCAACGGCUCCCUGCACAUCAGCAGUAGCCUGGUGCCCAUGCAGCAGGGGCCACUGGCCACCGGGCCCUGCGACUGCUGCUCCAGCUGCCUGAGCGUCGGGAGCAAAGGGAAGUCCUCCUACUGCUCCGAGCCCACCCUCUUCAGAAAGGCCAACAAAAAGCAGAACUUCAAGUCCGAGGUCAUGGUGCCGGUGAAAGCUGGAGGCAGUUCCCACUGUCGGGCGGGACAGACUGGCGUCUGCCUCAUCAUGUGAUCCUCGGAGCCAGCUCCCAUGUCACUGUGGUUUCAGGAGACGCGUUCAGCUCUUCGACCUUCCAGCCCUGGCCUCCACCUGCAGAGGGAGGAGGGGAGCCAGCGGAGCAGGCCUGGCAGGAGCAGAUUUGGCUGGCAGAAGCAGCAGACACCUGGAGGCCAGGGGAGGGGCCCAAGGCCUGAGGCCCCAGCUGCAGCAGGAGGAGCAGCAUCUCCUGACCUGCCUGCUGUGCGCCCCACACCCUAGCCUGUGCGGGCUCUGCACUGUGUACAUAGAUAGUGCUCACCUGGGUCUGUGUUUCUCGUGAAAAGCUUCAUGGGCAGGCCAGGCCCAAGCAAAGCCAUACAAAGUUUCUGCUGUGAGUCCCCGCCCUACUCAUGCUUGCUCUUUCCUUGCUGGCCUCUGAGCCAGUAGCCAGACCAGGCUCCUGCAGCUUCCUGCCCCCGCAUGAAUGCCAGGAAGCUCCUAGGUCAGACCUGGAGUUUGCACAACUCCAAUCCUCGCCUGGAGCGUUAGCUCCCACACCUCAGACCCCUCCUCCAGCCUCAAUUUAAAAGCAGAGCCAUGCUCCAAAAAUGGGGCAAGAGGAAUCCAGGACUGGGGAUCCUAAGACUUCUCCUCCUGGCCACAACCCCGCCACAUAUGCCAAAAGCUACUUUCUUUUCAGCCAGAAAUUCUCAACCUGCCUUUGCUCCCCUUUCUCUCCCAGAAAGUCAGGUGUAUCAUCCUGAUCCCACCCUAGUCUUCCUGUUCCCAGGCCCUCCAGCUUCAUGCUCUGUGUUGUGCUUAAUAAAAUGAACAUAUUUUUCUCUA